AUGAUCGUUGCUCCAGAUACACUAGUACCGUGCACAAGUAUAGCUGGUGCGACAUGGUGUCCUCGUAAAGUUAUCCUCAGUGACCGUUUUCGUGGUCCUACGGAAGCCAACAAAGCCAUGCUUAUCGGAACUAUUGUGCAUGAGUUAUUCCAGGCAGCUGUUCGCUGUCCGAUACCUCGAAUGGUUUCUCGCGAAUGGUUACUGCACAUAUGGCAAAAAACUAUACGAGACGAAAUCAUUGCUCAGCUAGUGGCUCUCCGAUUUACACCUUCUCAGUUCGAAACUGAACUCGAGCCCUACCUUGAAGUUAUUGUGGACUGGGUACAGCACAACAUGCCUCAAGGGAAGUCUUAUAAAGGUUUAUCCGAAAAUUCUUUAACAAAGGUGCAUGAUAUAGAAGAAAAUAUAUGGCUACCACAGCUGGGUCUUAAGGGCAAAAUAGACGCUACCCUAGAGGUUGGAUUCCUUCCAACUCUGAAAAUGUUGAAUGCUGGGUGGGAUUCUGUGUGUCAGGUUAAAUGUGGAGAAAGGACCCGGAAGCAGUCUCUUGAGCUGAAAACUGGCAAAAGUGGACAAUCUUCUGAGCAUGCCGCACAGGUAAUGCUCUAUUCAUUAAUGCUGUCGUCUCGCUACAAGCAACCUAUUGGUGAGGGUUCUUUGCUAUACCUUAAGGACGGAAUCACACGACGUGUACAACCGCGUGCCCUGGAAAUGAAGGGUAUCAUCAAUCAACGAAAUCACUUGGCUUCAUAUCUCUCCAAGCUGAGGCCUGAUUUACUACCUGUGCCAAAAGAUGAUCCGAAGUUCUGCGAGAGAUGUGAUCAUGCUUUAGUGUGUUCUUUUUACCAGAUGAAUCGUACAGUUCUGUUGACUACAAACACUCAUUCUGCUCUGGAUAAUGUUCUCAUCAAGCUGAGAAAAUAUACAAGCGAUUCAAAAAUUCUUCGACUUGGCAAUCCGUCAUCAGUUCGUGAUAGUGUCGCGGACUUGUCUUUGGAGUCAAAGCUAAGCUGUUGUGAUGGAGAUAAAUACAAAGCAGCCAGAGAAAUUCUGAAAGAAACACCGCUUGUUGCCAGCACAUGCCACUAUGUGCCUCGAGACGUACUCUUCUCCUGGAGGAAGUUUGACUAUUGUAUAAUAGACGAAGCGUCAAUGGUGAGUCAAUUCAAUGGAAUUUUGACCACACUUGACUACGUCCUUUCACAAGCUUUCCCUGGUGAGCAACGUACAGUAUGGAAUGAAAGAGUGCUAGAGCCGGUUGUCAUAUCUCCUGUUGUCGCUGCCAGUCGUUUCGUUCUUGUUGGAGAUGCUCACCAACUGUCACCUCUUGUUCAAAGUCGGAAGUGC